UAGCGCAGGUAUAUAUAUUUGUUGAUUUGUUGGAGUCAAACAGGAAUUUCUUUAAACAUACUUUUUUUUCAAUUUUGACAAGGAUUUUCAUUAUAUGAUGUAAUGGAAGAUGAAAAUAGUAUGUCGGCAGCUCCUGUAAACAACCCUGAAUCUCCUACAAUGAUUACACAGGGGUUUGAGACUCAACAAGUUCAAACAAACAGAAUCCAUCAAGAAGAAUUGUCAGUUCAAAAAUUAAAGAUGUUUGGCCGUUUACAGAUUUUCCUUGGCUUUCUGCUAGUGAUUCUGAGUUCAAUUCGAUUGGUUUUGAACUGGAUUUCAAUGCAGAAUUAUAACGAUUGUUUUAAUAAUGAAUAUUACUAUUAUUUCGACCAUUAUGACAAUUCAUACCACCCAUAUUUACCACAUUAUGUGUUAUGUAAUCGCUAUUACAAUAGCCAUCUGCAACUUCCCUUUGACAUCACAAGUUUGAUAUGCUCUGGAUGGUGCAUUUUAACCGGUAUUCUUCCCUUCUGUAUGAGAAAUCGGAGAAAAGCGAACUGGAGAUGUCUGAAAACCACAUUAAUGAUGUGUAGCAUAAUUGCAGCAUCAGUUUUAGUACCCGGUAUUUACAGUCUUGGGGUUAUUGGAGCAAUAAUAAGAGACAACUAUGAAUUGAGAGUUGUGAUUCUGUUGUCUUUAAUGACUGUAGUAUCCUUUGCAGAAGUGGUAGUGGCAAUCAUGACCGCUUCAUAUUGCUGUUGUUGCUCUGCAUGGGGAACAUCAGAUCAGCAGGGUGUCAUUUUUGUAAACGGUACACAGCCUGAAUUGUUUCUUGACUUACAAACUAACAUUCCUAUUGGAAAUGUUCAACCGGCUAUGGAAAAUUCUGGACAUAUAGAUAUCCCGACAGUGAGCUAUCCCAGAGCUAAUCAAUAUCAAGAAAAUACUACAAACGAACAGAAAGGACCACAGAUUCAAACUGUUGAAGGAACACUGCCUAGAAUUGACAGUACACAGCAGCAAGUUGUUGAUACUAAUCCACUGCCUUAAAAAAAUAAAGGAGAUAAAUUUAUAAACUAUAUACAUUUACAUGCAUUUAUAAUAUAUAUAUUAACUAUGUAAUUUUAAAGCAUUAUUUAGUUUCUAAAUAUAAUGAAUAUUAACAAUGUGAUGAAAAAUAAACGCAUUAUUCCUCUUCAACAAAUCUUUCACGGUCUUGCAUAUAUCCAGACUAAAUCGGAUCCAGAUAAACAUCUUUUUAAAGUGCAGAUCAUUGUACAGUUUAAUCAAUCAGAUUUUAUUGUACUAUGGAAAAUUGUUAGAUUUUUGAACACUGUAUAACUUUGUAUAUAUUUUAAGGAAGAACGAGCAAAAUGAUCCAUAUUCAGCCCAACACUUAAGAAACACUUUAACAGUUCAUUAACUUGAUCUUAAAUAUGCGUUUAAAUAACUCGGAUAAAGAAAUUCAAGAAAAUAUAAGAUCACAUUCUACACAUAACAAUCAUGGGAAUAUUUUUAUAUUUCUUUCAUUAUUAAGUAACAAGUUUGGAGUAUACCUCUAGUAAUUUAAAAAAAGAAGUGUGUGCACUAACAAAAACCAGAUUUAUAUUUUGUGAGAUUGUGUUAAUAGCUUUAAUAACGUUUAUAUCACAAUUAUUUGUUUUGUUUUGUUUUUUUUUUUUUUUUGGAUUUGUUCGAUGUUUCCUAAAAAAUAAUAUCGAUAGUAAAAUGCAUUACAACAGUAUUUUCUUUCAUUUACGUGAUCUAGGCGCUAACUGUGAUUUAAUUCAGACGGCAUAACUAUAUAAUUUAUUUUGUUAUAUACAUGUUAUAUAUAUUUUCAAUGAGAUACAAAUUAUAUUUUAUGUUUAACUAUUAUAUAUACAAUACUUGUAUUUGUAUGAAUAAUAUUACUUAAUUAAAAAAUGUAAACAUGGUAAAUUAGCAAAACAUAAUUGGAGUUUUUUUUUUCUUGUUUCUGUUUCCAAGAUGAAAGGUUGUGCUGGCUUAUAUUUGCUUACUACCACUUCAUUUUAACUCUGAUGGACAAUUGUCUCAUCGGCAAUCUUACCACAUAUCAUCAUUGUGUGUAAAAUAAGUACAACAAUAUUAAUGCAGACCAUUGCAUAAUAAUUCACAAGUUGUUUUGUUUUGUUACAUAGUACCUGUGUAUAGCCACUGUACAUGUAUUUCCUGAAUAACAAAUUAAAGAUCGUCAGGCAAAAAUAUCAGAUCAUAAAACUUAAGAUAGAUAUAAGAAGAUGUGGUAUGAGUGCCAAUGAGACAACUCUCCAUCCAAGUCAAAAUUUAAAAAAGUAAACCAUUAUAGGUCAAAGUACGGUCUUCAACACGGAGCCUUGGCUCACACCGAACAGUAAGCUAUAAAGGGCUCCAAAAAUUACUAGUGUAAAACCAUUCAAACGGGAAAACCAACGGUUUAAUCUAUAUAAAAAACGAGAAACGAGAAACACUUAUGAACCACAUCUACAAACGACAACUACUGAACAUCAUAUUCCUGACUUAGGACAGGUGCAAACAAAUGCAGCGGGUUUAAACGUUUUAAUGGUACCAAACCUUCACCCUUUUUCUGAAACAAUAGUGUACAUCUAUAAAUAAAAAAAGCACACAGAUUGAUCAAUCGAAUAUGGCUAAGAUGUAAAAUAACAAACAUAGCGAAUAUCGCUAAUUCAGAUGAUAAUAAAACUGAAAAUACAUCAUGCAGUUACUCAAGGAGUACAAUUUUACGAUUAAUACAGUAUUUCAAUGAAGAUUCCUUUAAUUGAGUUAACGAGUAAAGUAGGGGUGUUUGUACCAGAUAAACGUUGUAACUGAAGUAGAUUUCCACGCUAUCGGAAAAGUCUUAUGUUUGAUAGCUGAAAUUAAUAAGAAUUGUGCUUACAUGAUCCCAACUCUAUUUUCUGACUCAUUGUUGACAUUUGGUGCAGUUUGGUACGUAAAUGCUUACAAUAACAGCUCACCUGGCCCGAAGCCUUUCUCAUUACUUGGCAUUCGUCGUUCGUCGUCGUCGUCGUGGUAGUAAAAGACUAAAUCAGAAACGAUGUUUCCCUUCAAAUGUUUUCGGUACGUUGGAAAGGCAAUAUUACAUGUGAAUAUUUUGUAAAUAUUCAUUGUAAAUGGGCUCUUAUCCUUAAACGUAAUAAAACCCUUUCAAAGAGAAAAAAAUCCAGAAAGUUUAACUUCUCAGAUUAAUUGGUUUUGUGUGACCUUAUUAGAUGUUUCAACAGUUGUUUACAAAAUAUUGUUGUAAUGGCUCAGUUUAGAAAUCACUGGAGCAAUCAUAGACACUGAUUGAAUGAUUAGAACUUUUUAUGUGACUAUGCGUAACUAAAACUUCUUUAAUAUUUAAGAAGUUUCCCGUCUAAAGUUUUCUAGAAUUUUCCCUUCUACAGUGUUUAAGAAGUUUCCGUGACAACUAUAUAUACAGACACCAUAAUUAUACAGACCAGACAUUAAUAUACUUGGAUUAUUAAAAGAUCUCCGGAGUUGUUGGAUUGACAAUCUUAUUUAAGUUAACUACAUCAUACUACAUUGUGAACUUAUUGGACAUAUUCCGUUACAGUUAAGAGAAGAAUUCUGGAUAAAUAAAAGACUAAGGAUAGGACAUAGAUUUCAACAGUUUAUUUGACAUUUCAAUUUGUAUGAUAUUUCUUGUAAAAUUGUGUAAUGCAUCUUGUUCAAUUAUUAUUGAUUUGUGAUUUUUGUUGGCUACAGUUUAAAGGUGAUUUCUGGCCGUAACAGAAAUUGGAAGCUCGUCCGGAAUAACAAACAUGUACAUAUCAGAACUUUUUGUCAAUAUAUUUUAAAAACAUAUAUUAUGUAUAUUAUAAAACAUUGAGAAGUGGAACAGCUCUUUUGUUGCUGCUUGUCAUCUCAAACUUACGGUGGGAUCCGUCAUCACGAAGAAAAAAGGAACACCCCGUUGCAAAAUUAAAAUGCCCAUAGCACGAGUUUGACCGGAAUGCUCUGCUUGAUGUAUAAAGUGUAGAAAUAUGUCAUCAUUUGCUGUACCGUCUUUAUUCAAUCAAAAACAAAGUUCAUCAAGAGAUUUCAUAAUUUGACACCAAAUAAUAUGUCACGUAUAACACUGACAACUCGAAAAUUUAAGGCAAAAGGACAUUAACUGACAAGAAAAACGUGUAGAAGUACAAAUUAAAAGAAAUAAUUCCCGAAGAAACCCACAAAUAUGCCCUAAUUGUAAAUUUUAAAUAUGUGAGCAAACAACUUUCUCGUAGUGAAACGAUAUAUGCUUUGUUAGUUCAGAAUUUUUUUUUUGUAAUGUUCUGACAAAGAGAAUAUCCACAAAUUUAUAUUCAACACCCUAAAAAAAUGCUUAUUGAUCCUUAGUUAUACUGUUGCUUCCUUAAUCUUUUAAUAUUUUGUACUGGUAGUAAUGCUAUGUUGUGCUAUCCACGUUGUGUCGAUGCAUUUAUAAACUGACCUGUUGGAUGAAAUCACCAAUAUAUAUGUAUCUACUUAAAACUUUUCGUCUAAAAGGUGAAUUUUGUUAGACAAAUACGAAAUAUUUAAGUUAAUGUCGCGAACAGGCUGUGUUUACACAAUACAUAAUAUAAAAAAUAUCCAUUUACACGAUACAUAUUAAAUAUCCAAGAUGAAUUGCGCAGGUAUAUAUUUGUAGAUCGGUAAGAGUCAAACAGGAAGCUUUUAAACAUACUUUUGACAAUUUUGUCAAGGAUUUUCAUUAUAUGAAGAAAUGGAAGAUGAAAAUAGUAUGUCGGCAGCUCCUGAAAACAACCCUGAAUCUCCAACUAUGAUUACACAGGGGUUUGAGACUCAACAAGCUCAAACAAACAGAAUCCAGCACCAAUAAUUGUCAGUUAGAAAAUUAAAUGUGUUUGGCCGUAUACAGAUUUUCCUUGGCGGUUUGCUAGUGAUUCUGAGUGAAAUUGGAUUGAUUUUGGACACGAUUUCAAUGCAGAAAUAUAAAGACUGUUUAAAAAAUGAAUAUUACAAUUUUUCCGCCUACUAUGACAAUUCAUACGACCCAUAUUACUUGUUAUGCAACCGCCAUUUCAAUACCAAGCGGCAACUUGCCUUUGACAUCACAAGUUUGAUAUGCUCUGAAUGGUGCAUUUUAACCGGUAUUCUUCCCUUCUGUAUGAAAAAUCGGAGAAAAGCGAACUGGAGAUGUCUGAAAACCGCAUUUAUGGUGUGUAACAUAAUUGCAGCAUCAGUUUUAGUACCCGGCAUAUACAUUCUUAGGGUUAUUGAAGCAAUUAUAAGAGACACCUAUGAAUCAAAAGUUGUGAUUCUGUUAUCUUUUAUGACUGUGGUAUCCUUUGCAGAAGUGAUAGUGGCAAUCAUGGCCGCUUCAUACUGCUGUUGUUGCUCUACAUGGGGAACAUCAGAUCAGCAGUAUGUCAACAUCCCUAAACAACCCUGGCAUAGCUCCAUUGAUGAUUCAAGAAACAACAAAUCAACCACCGCUUACAGAAAAUAGAAAUCAACACGUAUUUCCAGUCAGGACAUUCAAGGUGUUAGGUGGAAUACAAAUUGGAUUAGGUGUACUGAUAGGCAUUCUCAGCUUGAUUGGAGUCGUUAUGGAUACCAUUGGAAUGCACAAGCUUGACGACUGCAAGUAUCAACAGUAUCAACACAGUUACGAUUAUGAUCCUUCAUAUUUCAACAGGUGCUAUUCAUACAGAAACAGUAAUCUGCUAUUUAGUUUUGACUUAUCAUGUUUGAUAUGUUCUGGAUGGUUUGUUCUCACUGGUUUCCUACCGAUGUGUAUGUCUAAGAAAAGAGAAUCCAGUUGGUUAUGUCUGAAAGUUGGAUUUAUGGUUUGCAGUAUUAUUGGAGCAUCGAUCUUUUUCCUAACAGUUUUUACCCUUGGAGUGAUCGGAGCAAUCGUAAGAUCGAUAAUAGAUGGGUCAAAAGGACUGGGUAUGCUUUCUAUUUUCAUUACUCUGUUAUCAUUUGCUGAAUCUGUAUUGGCGAUCAUUUCUGCUUCAUACUGUUGUCAGUGUUGCACUACCUGGAGAAUACCAAAUCAGACGCAAAGAGUUUUAUUUGUGAAUAGUUCACAGUCUGGACCGAUUUUAACUGUUCCACAAACCAAUGUUCUGAUGGGUAACACUAUGGUGAUACGCACAGAACACACAGACAAUCCAGUUGUACAGUAUCCAACAGCACAACAGUACCAGAUAAUCAACACAAAUGAACCAAUUAUUCAACAAAUUCAAUCUGGUGUUAGUACCCAGUCUAGCAUAAUGAAUAUUCAACAACCACAAGUCUUCAAUACCAGUCCCCCUCCUUACAAAGAAUAGAGACUCACUCUUUUCAUUUUUACAACCCACCACAACAUGUUAGAACUAAAUUGUAUAUUAUGUAGAUGAUUCCUGAAUUCCUUGUGUUGGCAAGCAACUAAAUGAUUUUUUAUUUAUUUGCGCAUUCAAGAAUGAAUUUAAUGUAUAGCUAUCAUUUCAUAGAGUUAAGGAAAAGAAAACAAAGUACAAAAUGUAUUUCAUAAUAUCCUCAAUAUGGCUGUUAUACUGCAUAAGUAGAAUACAAUCUUUACUGAUGUUUAUCGUCAUUAAGCUUUUGUCACAUUAAAUCAAAUUAAAAUGUUUUAUAUUAUUAAAAUCAGCAGAGCAAAGCCUCCCUACAUUGUAUAGUUUACAUACAUAUAGAUUCUAUCACUGCAUCGAGUGUAAUACGAUAUUUAUCCACUCGAGACAGUUAAAUUUUCAAAUUUAAAACGCGAGGCUCGCCGAGCGUUUUAAAUAUUUAAAAUUUAACUGUCGAGAGUGAAUAAAUAUCGUAUUACACGAGAUUUGAUGGUGGAAUGUGUUUCUCUAAUGAUUUUCAAACAAUAUGCAGGCAAACUUAUUCCUUCUUUUCGAAUGAUCUGCAAAAAGAUGUGUUCUUUCUAUGUGACGUCAUCAGGCAUGGUCGCCUUUUUUCAUGCCGUCACAAUAGGAAAUUCAGAGGAAAGCAAGAAAAUUCGACGUCAUAAUCGGAUUUUAACCAAUGAAGAACUGAGAUGAAACGAACCACACGUUGAUUAAAUUUUUUUAUACAAUUGGUGCAGAAAGGGAUAAAUUGACGAAGAAUUAGAGAAAUAAUUGUAUGUAUAUUGUAUCUGCUCACUGAAUAGAACUUCCUUGUGUGGAUAAAAAUUGGUGAACUACUUGUGUUUUGGAUUUGAUUAGAUGUAGUAAAGCUUAUACAAAUUUUGUAAUUCUCAAUGUAAUGAAUAUAGAAAAAAAAUUCAUUAAGAAGUUAAGAAAUCUUAGUCAAAGUGAUCCUAAAUCUUAUUGGUCAUUACUUCAUAAAUCAAGUACUACAAAGACAAAUGUACUAGAGAAGAUAUUACUUGAACGUUUUUAUGAUCAUUUUAAGAAAUUGAGUAAUGUACAACAUGAUCAGGAUGGCGAUUUUAAAGAGGAUUUUGAUUGUAAUGAUGUAACUAAUUUGAAUGUUGAACUGAAUUCUGUCAUUUCUGAAGCCGAGGUUGUCAAAGCAAUUAAGUUAUUGAAAAAUAACAAAUCAAGUGGUACAGAUUUGAUAUUAAAUGAAUUUUUGAAAAAUCAUGACAGAAAAUUAUUGAUAUAUAUGUAAAAAUAUUUAACAUUGUUUUUAAAUCUGGUAAAAUACCUGACCUGUGGUCAGUUGGUACAUGUAUUAUAUGUCCAAUUUAUAAAGGGCAAAGGUGACAUGGCCGACCUUGAUUACUAUAGGGGUAUAACUAUUCUGAGUUGUUAUGGUAAACUUUUUACAACUGUACUGAAUAACAGAUUAAAUUGUUACUUAGAAAAUACGAAUGUUUUUGCGAAGAACAGGCAGGUUUUAGGAAAACUUACAUUUUUAAUCUUCAAUGCAUAGUUCAGUUAUAUUUGUAUCGUAAAAACUAUUGUAUUGUGCAUUUGUUGAUUACCGUAAGACAUUUGACUCUGUUAAUAAAAAAGCUUUAUGGCGUAAAGUGUUGCAAAACUGUGUUGAUGGAAAUAUAUUUGUUAUUAUACAUGCUAUGUAUGAAAAUGCUAAAUGCUGUGUUAGGCAAGGUUCAAAGUUAUCUGAAUAUUUUCAAAGUAAUAUUGGUGUUCGCCAAGGCAAAAAUCUGUCUCCUAUAUUUUUCUCACUGUUUUUAAUUGACCUAGUAGAGUUAAUAUCCAAAGCUUAUGAUUGUCUAUCUGAUGUAUGUGAUGCAACCCAUUUUUUACUUGAUACUGAUGAAAUUUCUGUUUAUUAAAGAUUAUACUUGUUGUUAUAUGCUGAUGACACAGUAGUUUUUAGCUGAAUCCAAGGUAAAAUUACAAACUGCUCUUACCUGACAUAUUUAUAAAGACCAGAAUAAUAGGUUUGUGGAAAAGGCCCAUAUGUAAUAAACAAGACAAGGUUUCUGCUAUGUUGUACAAAUUGUUGUUUAAUAUGCAUAAGAAAGAUUUUUCCAUUCUAAGUGUAUAGCAUGUAUUGAAAAUAUUUUGAGUGAUUGUGGAUUUUCUGAAUAUUGGAUUGCACAAAGUGUACCGAAAUGUAUAUGUUUAUCAAAACUUGUAAAACAGAGAUUAUGUGAUCAAUUUUUAAAAGCAGAAUUGAGGUACAACUAUUUUUAACUCACCACAAUGUCUUAACUAUAAAAUUUUUAAAUAUAAUCAUGGUUUAGAAUAUUUUUUACUUAAUUUACCAGAUGAUUUGAGGAAAGCCUUAUGCAAUUUUAGAUGUCUUAAUCAUCGACUCCCUAUUGAAAGGGGUCGCUUUUGGGUUUUAGAACGUGACGACAGAAUUUGUGACAUUUGUAAUAAAAACCAACUAGGGGAUGACUAUCAUUACUUGUUUUCUCAUUUCUCAAUGCUGGCAGGAAAUCAUUUUUACCUUGUAAUCUUAAUAUAUUACCAACCAUAAUACUGACAAAAGUUAUGAGUUGUUUAAUUCUGUCUCUUACAAUGCUGUUCUUAAAAUUGCACAAUUUUGUGCUAGCUGUUGUUAAUUAAUAUUGUUUCAACCAUCAAUAUGUCCAUUUGAAAUUUACUGUCUUCCUCAAAACGCAUUACUUUUUUCACAUUUAUAUAUGUUAAUGAAUGUUUAUAAGGUUCACUGUAUUACUUUGUUAUUUUUUUAUAUUAUGAAUACUUACAUUGUAUUUGUGCAAUUGUUCACAUGCCCCUGUUAAUGAAAUUAAAAACUUGAACUUGAAA